UCCUUGUUAUGACUGCACAGCUACCUUGGAAUACAGAAAAUUAGUUCUCUGCUGCAGAAACACAACGUGGUUUCUCACGAGUCCAACUUACUAUUCCUAGAACCAGUUGCUCGCAGGCAGCGGUAGCAUAAAUCUCCCCGUGCUCUGUCAUUUUUGAGUGUCGCAAAUGGUCUUGAGGCACCGUGAAAAGCAGAAAGGGCAGGCUUGUUCCUGACCCUUCCCUGGAAGUGAGCAGAGGAGCCUCGUUUAGCCAAGAGGGCCGCAGAUGUGCGAGGUCCCCGUUGGGAAGGGGACUGCAGUUGCCCAGGUCAGGCUGAAGACCAUUUUCAUCUUGCAGCCUGGUUGGGGUUUCAGCGGGAGGCACGCUGAUUUAUUCCUGAAUUUGCCUCCGUGCCAUUCAUUAUAAGACUGCGAAGAAAUACAUGAUGCAGGGCAAAUAUAUUUACCCAAAAGUCAGCUAACUCUACGGAAAACAAUAAGGAAAAGGGUGCGUUCAUAUGGUUUUCAUGUGGUUCGAGUCCGAAAUUACCAGGUCGUGGUUUUUAAAAGUGGAUCAGAGGUGCCAGGUAGCUGUGCUUGAGGCUGGCAUCGCGAGCAGCUGCUGUCUCCUCCUGGUGGAUCAGGAUGCUCUGCGAGCAGAUCAUCCCACAGCUUGCCAUCGCUAGCUAGCUACAGGACACACUGCUUUUUCAUAUUCCCUUGGACCAUAGCAAGUGGCCAAAAGAACGAUAUUUAAAAAUAAUGGUGGAGUCUGAAUGUCUUUAUGGGUUUCUAGAUGCCUUUUGGCUCUGAGCCUUGAGACUACAGCGGGCAUUGCUUUCCUCUCCCCCAGUCUCUCCAGGCUUUGUGCAAAGCACAGAAAGCAAACUGCUCCGCGUGUGGUUUCCAGGAUGGAAGGACGGUAUCAUCUGCUGGAUAAAUGUGGAGAGGGCAGGGCAUGCCAACAAGUGAAAUUCCAGCAUCCUUAUAUUUAAAGUGCAACCCGCUGGGGAUGAGAAAGAAACAGGUAGCCUUAGAGGCUGGCAGCACAGAAAAAGAUUUGGCCGUAUAGCAGCAGGGAAGAUGUUUUAGAUGAGGCAACGAGGAAGGACCUGUUCACCGACACAUUCUGUAAGGUUUGCAGGGCAGUGCUGCAGUCUGAGUCCCAAACGAUGUCCCACUAUGAGGUAGGCUGGAAGGGAGGACUUCUCCCAGCAAGCACUGGGGUUUUGGUUUCUUUGGGGUUUCUGUACGGUGUUAUAAAAAGAUACUUAAGGCUCUUUAUAGUCUUUCUUAAAGUUUAUGCUAGGCUUAGCCGUUAGCCAGGUUUAAAUGUUGUGUUACUGAAGGGCAGUCAUCUGCAUAUUGCAGGACAAUUACAGAAGGAAUUGAGCAGGUUUGGGCAAUGCUGUGUAUGGGAUUGACGCAGAUCUACACCGCAUGAGCCCGGAACAUACAUACAGCAUGGGGCAGCGCUAACUAGAGAGGAGUUCAUUACCCUUCACCCAGAGGGGGACACAUGCUGCUCUGUCUGCAGGUGUCUGUGUGAGGCAGGUUGUAUGAAUCAUGCUGAAGGAGUUUUCUGCAACAAGUGUGUACCCUGGGAUAUUGCUGUCAACGUAGGAAAUUGAGCUUUAUUUUGAAACUUGAUAUUGACGGUUUUCAGGCACAGACAUUUCUAUCUUUUUGCCACAGUCAGUUCACAGUGUCAGUUGCUCUCAGGGGUCUUUCUUGUUAUUCGUGUUAUUAAUUAAGAUUCAGGUCUUGCAAGAUGUAGUAUUUCCUUGCUUUGAUUUAUGUUAAGCAGCACUUGUACUGUCAGAACUUCAGAGUCCAGACUCUCAGUUUGAGUUUCUCUUUCUUGGAUCCAAAUCCAAUUGAGGAUAAAAGAUGCAAUUGCAAAGUUACCUGACUUCACCAUUGCAAAAUGAAUCGAGAUGGAAGUAACUGACUCUUUCUCCUCAGUUCUCUUUGUGUUGUCUAGCCAGCCGUGAUAGGACCUCUUUGUCUGUGAUAAUACUGAUAUGAUAUCCUGUGUAGCUCCUCAGAAUCCUUAACAGCCACUUGGAAGGCAUCGAUUAGAAAAGACAAGCCACUUGUUUGACUUUGUGUGUUACCAGUGUGUAGCGUGGCAUGUGGGUAAGUAUGUUAUAAGUGCAGGAGUCCAAAGGUGGUUAUGCACUGAGAAAGUAUUUAAGAAUUAAAAAAUAAUCACAGACAAGGGAAAUAUACAUAAUAUGGGAUUUUAGAUUACUGGACUAAUAAAUCCACAGUAGAAAUCUCCAUAGACUUGCUCAAAGCUGGAGAUUAUGUCACCUUCUUCAGGGAAACCUGUUUCUCUCCACAGACUGUACAGGGAGACCAGGCUUCUUUAAGAAGGUAAAUUAGGUCAUGCUGCCCGUCAGUCCUCUGUGCCGCCACUCAGGGUGGCCUUGAUGUCAAACCCACCAGGUUUAGUGUUAAAGAAGCUCAGCAGACCUACUCUGUAACAUGGACUCGUUCCCUUCCAUACCUGUUUUAACGUCCAUGUUUGUAGGAGGGUGUGUAAGGAUUUUUGGUUCCCCAGUGAGUUGAGAGUAGGUGACUCUGAGGGCUGCCUGAGGCAAAAUGUUAGGAGUAAUGCUAAAUACUGUAUUACUGAUUAAAGAACGGUGUUGUUACAUGAGCUGGCCUCUGUCUGGUUGUGGCUCUGCUUUAUGCAAAUGCAGUUUGGCAAGUGUUGAAGGCAAUUUUGGAUGAAUGAAAUCCCAGUCGCUGGAUAUACCACUGCUUGGCCCCUUGUUAAUGAAACAGGAAUAAUUCCAAUCUCUUCUCAGAGCAAAAAGCAUGCUCGGGAAGUUUGUCUUUACACCCAAACGCACGCUGAGAAGGAUGAGAGGCAGGAGAAUGGCAAAAAGAAGAAAACAAACUAUAUUAAUUUUCAGGUGGAUGGGAGCGGUGAAGCAGAUAAAAACAAAUACUGCAGUCUCUGCAACAUGAUUUUUUCCUCCCCAAUUACUGCGUUGUCUCACUACUUGGGAAAGAUCCACGCUAAAAACCUGAAGCAAGCAUCAAGAGACAAAGUCCUGAUGGCAGCACAGAGCAUGCAGCCUGUUUCUGCUUUACAGAAGCCAUCAGCUGAGAAGCCCUUGCUGCCUUCAAAAGCUGAAGAGUUUGCAUCAACCUCCAACAGAAGUUUAGAGUUAAAUGAUACAAAGUACUGCCAGCUCUGCUGUGCUCCCUUCGAUAAUCUGCUCUCGGCCCAGCAGCAUUAUGUUGGUAAGAAACACAGAAGAAACAUAGCACGGAAAAAAAUAAUGGAGGAGCUGGGAGACGAAGCUCUCCUUGCAGAAUCCAGAACAAAUGAUUCCUUAUCCUCUGUGGUUUGGCGUGGUCCUUACACGUGCCGUGUUUGUAAUAUCAUGCUUUCGUCUAUAGAAGCGUACAAGUCCCACGUGCAAGGGAAGAAACACCAGAUUAGAGCAACAAAGGUUGUCAAUCUCGUGGAGAAUUCAAAGAAAACUUAUGACUCCUUUCCAGAUGAAUUAACAGAUUGCAUUGAAGUUUCGAAAGCUAGAGGUCCAGAGCAAAGAACAUAUUUGAGAACAGCAGAAGAGGAAGAGUUUCAAAAUAAAGAUGGUGAGGUUGUAUCUUCAACCUUUAAGUGUGAACAAAGCUGGCACUCCAACACUUUCUCAGAAACCCAGUCACCUACAAAUACUGGGGAAAAGGGAUCUCCCAGUUGGCCGUCAGCUUGUGAGCAUGCCCUGGAAAGGACACCUAAUUGUAACUGUAACGUGGGACACUGUAUAGAAGAGCAAACAUCUGAAGUGGCCACCAUCAGAGAGAAAAGCUUUAGACUAUCAGUUGCAGAAUCUAAAGAUUACUGCAAACUUGAGGUUGAUGAAACUUUUACUAGCUGCUACAGAGAACAGAAACUUCAGAUAAAACACAAUGAGGAGGAAAAAUACAUUAGUGAAGAGCUGAAGUGUAAGAAAGAAGCCACAACACCAAAAAGGAAGGAAAAUAGUGAAGAUGCAGGUUUUGGAAAAGAAAAUGAGAGGCAAAAGCGAAUUAAAUUUGACAUAGACUCGGUAAAUGAGAAGAAAUCAAAGCUUUAUAAAGGCAAAAGUCUUAAAGAAAACCCUGCUGAGAAAGAGAGCAGAAAGCACAGAAAGGAUAAACAGAAACCACAGACAAAUGUCAAAACAGAAGAAGAGCUGCUUUGGGAUGAAUCUGUCUUUGGAUACUGAUAAAGGUUUUGUUUGGCUUUAAGAAGCUGAUUCUGGUUAUAGUUUCUCUAAAGCACUUUGUGCUGUGCUGUGGCUGUUUUUGUCUGCUUAAAAACAAAGGUUUUGUUCCCAUCUGGAAGAGAGGAAAAGCCAGUCUUAUGACAGGCUUUUGGGUAGUAGGUAUGCAUCAAUUGUUCAUUGUUACAUGUACACCAGCCAUUGCAGUGAUGUGAGCUUGAAAGUCUAUAAUCUCUUCUGGAAUAUUCCUCAGAUAAGGGUCAGUAGCUUACAGAAUAUUCUUGGAAAUUCACCAGAAUGUGUAGCUUUUUUGUCCUAAUACUAAUAGAGAUUUAUUUUUCCAGGAAAGUACAUAAGGUCGACACGAUAAGUAAGGGCAUUAUGGAGUUCCCAGCUACAUCCGUAACAUUUCACUGACAACUCUUAAAGAAGAACGUGAAAGGCUUUUGAUUCCAGUUCUUAUUUGCUACUGUUAUUUUUUUUCCACACGUUUCUGAGAGUGAAAAAAGUUUAUUAAACAUGCAACUGGUUGUCAGAUUUACGUCUAAUAUGUUUUUCUCAUUGUAAUCCUGAUUCUUAGUUUAAUUUAGAAAAGCCAGAAAACGUGCAGUACAGAAAAGUAAUAGCUAACAUGAGGCUCUUCUGCACUUCACUUGCUCAAAGUAGUUUAAAGGAGGAAUGUUAGAAUGAAGCCAGAUUUAUGACCCAAAUAAUACUCUGGAGAAUCAGUAACAGCGUUUUAUUUGUUUUAAAUAGUGUCAUCAGACCUUUGUUCAUAAUACGGAUUUGCCUUAUUGUGGCACGUGAACUGAUGUCCUGCGUUUGUCCUAUGUAUUUAAAAGCAAUGUCACAAGACACCAUUUAGUUUCUCUCAGUGCCUUCAGGUUGCACGAAAGCUUUUUCUUAGCCUUGAUGUGGGAUCUGAAAGCCCCAUGUUGUCAAGUGGCACCACUGGGUACCCUGUUUGUAGGGGCACCUGUGCUGAGCUGCUGCUUUCGGUAUAUCUGCCCAACUGAAUCUUCUUGUUGUGGGUGGUUGUGGUGUGGGGUGGCAUAGAGACCAGGGCCCUCAAGCCUUGAAUUCUGGCUGGUUUGUUUUGGUUUUGCAGGAAGAAGUAGGUUGAAAAGCCUUGUGAAUAACGUACUGUGUUUUUCUUAAGUAUUUGUUUAGUUGCAGGUUGCAGUCCUGGAUUUAGGAUUGCUGUUUGCUAACGUAAUAAAUCUGAGCAGUUGGCGUCUGAGCUGUCAGGUAACUUGGUCCAUCCUCUAGCAGUCAAGCUUAACUAGCUUCACGCACAACCAUACAAAGUUGAGCAGGAACACAAAGGUGCCAAUAACAAUUCAUUGGUCAGAAGUUUGUCCUAGGAGUCUCAGGAACCUGGUGUCAGAAGUCCAGGAGGUUUCAGCUUUAAGGUGUGUAUAGAGUCCUUGCUCUGGUCCCCAUUUCUAACCUGCUUUGAGGCUGAUAAUGCCUUUACUUUGCUCGGUGGCUAUUUUUUCUUCACUCAGUAAUUGCGUGCCUUUCUGUAUCUUUCAAAGGACUCUUUCUUGGCUUUCCUUAACCCCUGCUCCUCUGAUGGGGAAGUCUCAGGUCACACGGUAACAACUGCUUUCCUCAUUAUUUAUUUGGGAAGAGAGCAGAUUCAAUCAUGAGUUUUGUUAACUGUUGGUAAUAGCUGUGAGCUGUUGAAAACUGCAAACUGCAGGCUGCUUGCAUUGGCCUGCAGUGCAACUGAGGACAUUUUUAAGCACUCUUUCUUUAUAGGCUCUGAGAAUAACAUGGCUCUGGGAGUAACCUGAGCAGUGCUGCAGCUUGCUUCCCAUGUAAGACAAAUAAUGACUUGUUCUCCCAGGACACCCGUUUCAGCUUUGGGGCACUGCAAGAUCUUUGAUAUUUCUGCUACUCUGACAGAUGGGACUGCACAAAUAUGGCCUGUGUCUUAGUAGGAAACCCUUUUUCUGUAUGGUCGUGCACUCUUGUUAGGAAGUCGGUCUAAGGAAGCAAUUAGACCUCCAGCAGGUGGUAAGGCCAUGAUGACCACAUCAUGGCAUGUACACAAGGAACAGAUUUGUUGAAGAGAAAUAAGUGCCAGUUUGCUUGCUUUUCAAAUAAGAGUUGCAGUCUUGGAAGUCAGGAGCUAGAGGUCAACAGCUCUGAAAAUACAGGAAAAGCAUGAUUUGGGAAUUUCUUCUGUUCUUUCUGUGAUCGUUCCCAAAUCUGCAUUUGAGCUCCAUACCUUCCUGCCCCACCCACUGGAAAGUAGUUGCACAAGCUAUGUAGAAUAGCUCUAAACAAAACUUCGUGGCAUCAAACAUGAGAUAAGAUCCUGAAAGAAGUGCUCGUGCCAUAUUUUGAUGAAACAAAGAUUAAUCUGUGGUGCAAAUGCUGCAAAUGAGGCAUAGCUGAUUGUCUGAUCUAGCACAAGUGACAUACAGCUCUAUAUUAGGUAGGUUAUCCAAUCUUCUGAAGCCAUAAAUAAUGAUUAUUGUUCAUGUGUUUCUUGAUUGCUUUGUUCCUAGCCUAUCACAUUUGUGCCAAUAUCUGUCUACAUGCUAGGCAUUUAAAAAUACUAAGCAAAGAAAUUGAUGGCUUUAUUUACCCUUAUUGUAAAUGUCUUUUUUUUUCCACUUCUUGGUAGCAAAGGAAUACCCACUGUCAAUAGUGAAAGCUAAUUCUGUUCAUCUGUUCUUCUCAUUAAAGCUACCAAAGCAUUCCAGUUCUGAUUUGAGAAACAAAUGGAGUCACAGAUCUUUCUGUCACGUCUGAGCAGACAGACCUGUAGGUCUGUCUGGAGACCCCUCGGAGUCAGGGGUGUUUUAUGCAGGAGGGCUCAGACACUGGGACAGGUUCCUGGAGAGGUGGCUGAUGCCCCUGCCUGGCACUGCUCAAGAGGUAUUUGUACGAUGCCCUCAGUAAUGUGCUUUAACUUUUGGUUAGCCCUGAAGUGCUUGGACUCGAUGAUUUUCGUGGGUCUGCUCCAGCUGAGCUAUUCUGUCCUGUUGUAUGUCACUGCUCCCAAAGCAGACUGCUGCUGCUCAUUUCCCUUCCUGUCCCCUGAAGGUCACCAUCCCUGGGGAUCCUCGCUGUCCCUCAGCUGUUCUCACUCACAGCAAACUUCAGCUUAAACCCUGACAAGGGCAGUGAGCAUCAGAGGGAGGCAAGGCAGCCUUCUGCUGGAGCAGGGUUAACAAGAAAUGCCUGAAGCUGUUCGAGUUGCUUGUUCAAUGAAACACGUGGAGCCUCAAUGCUCGCCUCUGAAAGCAGCUGUCAGCUUCAGUGUCCUAUGUUGAGUGGUAUGAACAUGCUUUUCUGCAAGAUACUGUCACUUUUUAAUUGUUUGGUUUCCCUUUUAUGACUUUUUUUUACAGUUUGUUUUUUCUGUGACUGGCAGCAACAUGUGAAAACAUUCAUAGUGAGAUCCUAGUGCUAGGUACGUUUGAAAAAUACCACAACUGAAAUAGGACAUCUCUUUCUGUGUCCCGUAAAGCGAGCAAGAAGUUGGUUUCACUGGGGAAGGAUCUCGUUUCAAGUCUUGAGAUAAAAGGGAGAACUGCUGCACUUGCCCUGCAUGCCCUGAACUCCGCCUGUGGUUUCAGCGAGGCACAGAGAGCGCUGCCACCUGCCAAGUUAACCCUACCCUUGGCUUCUGAGACAUCCCCUCAUCAUCCCCCAGCUGCGAACUUGUCCGAGGGUAUUUUUCUAAAGACUGAGAGCGUUUCAGUUGAAAACCAGGUAAAUCACUUGAGUGCAAUGCCUGUAGCUACAUCUCCAAUUUACCAUGUUUCUGUGGAAUCAGAUUGCGGCGUACAACCGGUGUUUGAGCUAGCUGGAGGACUAUUAGCAGUCUAACUAAA